GACGUCACCUAGCGGGCCAGUGACGUAGCCAGCGCCGCUGACCACAACAUGGCCGUGGUGUCGGGCUAGCAGACUGAAGGCGGCCAUGGAAGUCUUCCUGAAGCCGAAAAGUGUCUUUAAUUCGGCCGCAUGUGCUUCGUCUGCACGCUAACAUCCGCCCAGCUCACUUGCUAGCCACAGAAGAUGGCGGACUUCCCGCCAGUGUCAGCGAGGCGGGAAGAAGGAGGAGGACGAGGACAAGGAGGAGGAGGAGGAGGAGGCCAGCACAUCUUCGUCAGCUCCAGGUCGGCCUGCGAGUCAGACAGCGAACUGUCACAAAGCUUGGCUCGGACUAAAAUACGAUCUUACGGAAGCACAGCCAGCGUGUCGGCUUCUCUGGGAGAGAAAUACGUGGAACAUCGCCUCUCUGACGGCGACACUCUGCAGGGCAUCGCCCUCAAAUAUAACGUCACGAUGGAGCAAAUCAAGAGAGCCAACAAACUUUUCAGCAACGACUGCAUUUUCCUGAAGAGCAGCCUCAACAUCCCCGUAGCCACGCAGAAGUCUUACAUUUUUAACGGACUGUCUUUGGAGUCUCCUGAUGGGGACCAGCAAGCAGCGCAGCAGCAGCAGCAGGAAGACCAGGGACCUUGGCCUGAAGACUCCAAAGGUUCUGAACCCCCAGCAGAGGAGCUCUCAGCCCAAGACUUCUUGACCAGGCUGGACUUACAGAUCAAAAGAUCCAAGCAGGCGGCAGCAAGACUGAAAGAAGAGGAAGUCAGGAGCGAUGAGGUGAACUUCACUGCUGCCACCACAUCCUACCAGGAAAUAUAAACCUGGAAAUAUAAACCUGGAAAUAUAAGCCAGGAAAGGUAAGCUGUAAAUAUGAGCAGGAAUUGUAAUGUCAGGAAAUAUAACUCAGCACCUUGCUUGUUUACCUCCUUGCUUUUGUGUCUUGUUGACCUUUAUUCUGGAUAUGUAAAGUGUGUCAUUUAUUUAUGUGUCCAACAUUAUUUAUGUCUAUUUUUAUUGUGCUUCUUAAUAAAUAUUUUUGGAGUGUAUAAACAUGA